AUGGAGCUGGACUUGCCACCUCUCACCCAUUGCCUAAAAAGCAUGAGAGUAACUGGCAGCAAUGGACAACAGAAAACCCCAUAUGUAAAGGAAUCCUCCCAUUCUCCUGUUGCUUACACCACCUCAGGGCAUGACAAGUAUUUUCUGUCUCUUCACUGUGCCUCAGAGCAGAACACAAUGGAACCUCCUUUUUCUAUGGACUGUACUUCACCAGUCACCGUUCAGGUGGCACCACUACCUAAUUCUCUAAUAUUCACCACAAGAUGGAGACAUUUGUGCCUCCGUCUCAAGGAAAGCAACAAUCACAGCUACCACUGCAGCGAGCUCUUUCCUGCAGCUUUCUGCCUACAUAGAGUGUCCAGCGAGGAGUUUUCCCAGGUUACAUCCACCCCUGUUAAGGAUGGAUCUCCCCAUUUCUUAGUCUUACCUGAAAACCAUGGGCAUACCAUUGAUCUAGCACCUCCUUCUGUCAACUAUGAAAUUAAAGAAGGGAUUUUCACUGGAAGCUGCUAUCACCAGGAUGGCUCCAGACUCUAUAUUCAGUUUGAAGUGCAUGCAGUACACAUCGCUGACAUUCCUUUAUUAAAUGUUUGGAUAUCUAAAGAUUUUAUGCAGGGACAUAGAGAAGCAAUUUCUAGAAACUGACUUCUGCUAUCCAGUUUGUCGAGUUUAUCCCAGAGGCUCCUGGAGCAGUCUGAGUGCAGUCUUGGAGAGCUGAUCUGCAGCAACGGUGAAGCUGGGCAGUGCAUAGAGAUACAGGAUCUCCAGAUGUUGGGCGCCUGCGAUAGCCCUUAUGAACAACAAAAUGAGACACUCUUUCCUCUUGGAAAGGGAGCCUUUGGCUUUGUGUGGUCUGCAAAAAACAGGGAAGAUGCAAAGGAGGUUGUAGUGAGAUUUAUCCAUAAGGAUCGAGUGCUAGAUGACUGUUGGGUGCAGAAAAUUGAACUUGGGAGAGUCACUGUAGAAAUUGCUAUUUUGUCCAGGUUACAGCACCCCAGUAUUAUUAGAGUCCUGGGGGUAUUUGGGAAUUCCACAUUCUUUCAACUAGUGAUGGAGCUCCACGGCGACACUCUUGACCUUUAUAACUUUAUUGAUAAUGAGCACAAUUUGGAUGAACCUCUUGCCAGUUAUAUCUUUCAACAGUUGGAGUCAGCUGUGGGAUAUCUACACAGCCACUAUAUUUUACAUUGUGACAUUAUGGAUAAUCAUGAAAACAUAAUAAUCAUUCAUGACUUCAUAAUUAAGCUAGUUGACUUUGCUUCUGCUGCCCAUUUACAUCCUGGAAAACUGUUCCUGACAUUUUGUGGCACCACAGAAUAUUGUGCACCAGAGAUGCUACUCGGAAACCCGUACCCAGGCCCAGAGCUGGAAAUGUAUCCUCUAGGGGUGACUCUGUACACACUGAUAUUUGGAGAAAAUCUUUUCUGUGAGGUGGAAGAGAUCCUGGAGGCAGAACCGAACCCUCCAUUCUCUGUAUCCCAAGAAUUGCAGGUUUUUAUUUCUGGUCUUCUCCAACAUUUUCCAGAUAUGCGCAUAGCUCUGGAUGAGCUCCUCAGAGACCUUUGGGCAAUACAGCCUGUAAACCUUGCAGUAUAUACAUGGGAGGAGGUAUACCCCCCUGCCAGCUCUCAGAAAGGGGAGAACCAUCUCACACUAGGAGAUAAAGGACUGAGACAGUUUCCUGUCAGUUACAGCAGAGAAUGGAAAUGA